AUGCUAACGGAUAUGAUUGUGGAAGAAGAGUUCGAGAUUAAAGAAGAUGAGCCUUGGUACGACAAACAAGACCUCGAGCAUGAUCUCCAUUUGGCUGCCGAGCUGGGUAAAACCCUGUUGGAGCGGAACAGGGAGCUGGAGCAAGGCCUGCAGCAGAUGUAUGCCACCAACCAAGAGCAGCUUCAGGAGAUAGAGUAUUUGUCUAAGCAAGUGGACUUCCUCAGAUCAGUGAACGAUCAGCACGCUAAGGUCUAUGAGCAGCUGGAUCUGACAGCACGGGACCUGGAGAAGACCAACCAAAGGCUGGUCCUGGAGAACCGCUCUGCUCAGCAGAAGAUUGUGAGUCUCACAGACACUAUUGACGGGCUACAGACUCAGGUGGAGGAGCUGCAGAAGCAGGUGGAGGAGCUUAGGUCAGCGGAAGCAGACAGACAGGAUCUGGGGACACCGCAGCAGUCCUCAAGCCACCAAAGUGUGUCCUGUCUGAAGGACCAGAACCAAUCAAAAAAGUCUGUCAGCCCGACCCCCCAGGACAAAGAUUGGGAAGAGGGAGAGCGCAUGGCCCUCCUGCGUUCUGUUCGCACACUGCAGGCCCAGCUGAGGUCUGAGCAGGUUCUGCGGCAGACAACGGAGCAGGAGGCGGAGGCUCUAGCCAGGGAAAUAGCUGAACUGGAACCACGACUGGCCCUGCUGGAAACCUGCCAGUCUCGGCUAGCCGAACUGGAAACGGAGGUGGAGGAGCUACGACAGCUCUGGCGUUCUGAGGCCUCUUCCGGUUCCGGGGUGAGCAACAGGCUUGUGCCUGAAGCUGUGUUUAUUCGUUUUGAGGAGGUGGAGGAAAAGACGGGAUGGAGAGAACACAAGCUGAGGCGCAGCAGUAGCGAGAAGCAGCUACGCGCUUGCGGUAGCGCUGACGUCUGCAUCCGCGAUGCAGACGACAGGGAAGGACGGCGCGGCGUCCUGCGCUCCGAGGCGGUGAAACAGCGCGGCAUCUCUCUCCUGAACGAGGUCGACGCCCAGUACAGCGCCCUACAGGUUAAAUAUGAUGCGCUGCUGCGUCGCUGCGAGGCCGCGUCGCAACCCCAAAGCCACAAAGCCGUCCAGACUCCUGCGGAAAAUCUCCUCCACCAGCCUCACGUGUCAGCUGCUCCUCCCGUACACACCCACUCCCAAGGCGUUAGCACGGACGCCGACGCGCAGCUGCCUGAAUACAAAGCACUUUUUCACGAGAUUUUCACAUGCAUCCAAAAGAGCAAAGAGGACCUGAGGGGGAACAGGACCAAGCCUAGUCAUGUGGAAUGA